AUGUCAUCGCCGGCCAAAGCCCGCUCGCCAUUCAGACCAACACCACGAACUACCUUUGGUGCACGAGCAUCUCUUUCGGCUCUUCCCAGCACGAGCACGACGGCGAUGAACAAGGAGAACCGUCGUUCAACAUCGUCGACGGCCGUAAUGACCGUACGCGCGCCCGGUCAACAAGCCGAAAGCGUCUCUGGGAUGGCCGCAGCCCAACGUAGCAAGAAGCGUGCUUAUUCCCUUGGUGGAGAGGCACUCGAACAAGCGACCAAACGGGCCAAAGAUUGGGACGUGCUCAGCCCGGGCAAACAAGCGCGACGACGAGCGGUUAGUCACUGCGAGACGCGUGUUGAUUGAUCCUCGCUGAGACGAGCCGCUGACCUCGUCGUCUUGCAACACUGCAAUGCGCGGGGAUUGCGACUACCACAGAUGCCGAGAAAGUCGGUACUACGUGCGAUCCCCGCUGUCUUCGACCCCGUGCCGCCCGAGUCAUCACUGUACUCGGUCCAGCUCACGAAGCAAGCCGCAAGUCACACAACCGAUCUUUCGAGCCUGUCGACCUUUGGGCAGGCCAAUGCGGCCCCGACAAGUCGCCGCCGAUCGUCGGUCCGCCCGCAGGAGAACACAAGGGAGGACGGCGAAAGUGACGAGGAUGAGGAGGAAGAAGAAGGCAGUGGAUCGAUGGACAUGGACUUAACCAGGAUGGAGGGUCAAAUGACGGCGUUCCUCGAUGACAGGAGAAAGUCUUUGGCUCGACGGGUCAGCUGGGCACCGACGGCUCACAUUCGGUGAGACUACCUACGCACGUGUAAGCUCGCCUACGCUACAUGUACUGACGGGGUGGAGUCGAUCCAAAAUCCUGCAGCACAUUCACCCCGGACAAGCCCACCCAGGAGGCUCAACAUGCCAAAGCUCUCGCCCAGGCGCAAGCCGAGGGGCACGAUUUUGACGACGACGAGGACGACUCGUACGCUGACGAUGCGGCGUCCGAACCUAGCAUGGAGAUAGUCGGGGACGAAAUGACGGUCGCUUUCGCCAGCCAUUUUGCCGGCUGCAACAUGCCCGUGUCGGCUGUGAUCGGCCAGGACGACGAGACCCUGAGCGACGAUGAACAAAGGUCUGAGAGCGGCUCGGACGGAGAUUCGAUGGAGAUCGCCAACGCCGACGAGAUCACGAGCGCCUUCGGUCAGGAGCUCGGAGCAAGGCCAUCAAUGGCGGGCCGGCCCCGCCCCAGCGAAAUGAGGCGCCAGGAGGAUGCCGACGACGAUGCGAUCAUGAGAGAGCUCGGUCUCGUCAAAGCCAAGGGCGCAAGUGCCGCUCGCGCCCCUGCGCGACCCAAGGGAAUCAUGUUUGCCGGCGUUCCAUCCUCCGAUGACGACGCCCCGCAAGCGAACGAAGAGGAUGACGACAACGGCGCCAUCACGGUCGCCGAUGGUACGAUGGCCAUGGACUGCACGAGCGCCAUCGGCCGCGUCGUCGCCGUCGCCGGUGCGGGCGCGGGAGUCGGCACGAGUGCCCAAGACGAAUAUUCUGACGAUGAGGACGACGAGGCGUCGAUCGCGAUGGACCUGACGGGUCGCACGGACGUCACGUCGACGAAUUUGAUGGAUUUAACUUCAACGAGCCUGCUCGACACGACGUCCACCAACCUCGUGGACAUGACAUCGACGAGUUUGAUGGAGAUGAAGAACCCGUUUCUUGGCAUCGUUUCGGCCCCAACACCCUCGACCCCUCUGGCGCGUCAACGUGCCCAAGUUUUCGCUCGUCAAGUUGCAGCCGGCUUGUUACCCGCAGAGCCGUCCCCAAUUCCUGCUUCUCCCCGACGAGUCAUGUACCCAGGCUUGCAACGCAUGUCAUUCGGGAACCGCUCACCCGGUCGAGCACUCGCCAUCCCAGCCAUCUUGGCGAGUAA